UGCACAUUGAAAAAGAAAAGUGCUUGUGUGUUCUGUGUAAGUCAUUACUAAUCAAAAAGUCAAUCAAGCAAAGAAAAUGGUUUCAACUACUGCUGGAAAAGUCAUAAAGUGUAAAGCUGCGGUGGCAUGGGAAGCCGGAAAACCACUGGUGAUAGAGGAAAUUGAGGUAGCUCCACCACAGGCUAAUGAAGUUCGUCUGAAGAUCUUGUUCACCUCACUCUGUCAUACUGAUGUCUACUUCUGGGAAGCCAAGGGACAGACACCUCUAUUUCCUCGGAUAUUUGGUCAUGAAGCAGGAGGAAUCGUGGAAAGUGUUGGUGAGGGCGUGACAGAUCUCAAGCCUGGUGAUCACGUGCUUCCAGUGUUCACAGGGGAGUGCAAGGAGUGUGAUCACUGCAAAUCAGAGGAAAGUAACAUGUGUGACCUCCUAAGGAUUAACACUGACCGUGGAGUGAUGCUGAAUGAUGGCAAGUCAAGGUUUUCAAUCAAUGGACAACCAAUAUACCACUUUGUUGGAACCUCCACUUUCAGUGAAUACACUGUAGUACAUGUUGGCUGUGUUGCCAAGAUCAACCCCACUGCCCCACUAGGCAAAGUUUGUGUUCUGAGCUGUGGAAUCUCAACUGGUCUUGGUGCUACAUUGAAUGUUGCAAAACCAAGAAAAGGUUCAUCAGUAGCUAUAUUUGGAUUGGGAGCUGUGGGACUUGCUGCUGCCGAGGGAGCUAGACUUGCUGGUGCUUCCAGGAUAAUUGGGGUUGACUUGAAUUCCAACAGAUUUACUGAAGCUAAGAAGUUUGGAGUUACUGAGUUUGUGAAUCCAAGAGAUUAUGACAAACCAGUUCAAGAGGUGAUUGUUGAAAUGACUGACGGGGGAGUGGACCGAAGUGUUGAGUGUACUGGAAGUAUCAAUGCUAUGAUCUCAGCAUUUGAAUGUGUGCACGAUGGAUGGGGUGUAGCUGUACUAGUUGGUGUGCCAAAUAAAGAUGAUGCUUUCAGAACCCAUCCAAUAAAUGUCCUUAACGAAAAGACGCUCAAGGGUACUUUCUUUGGCAACUAUAAACCACGUUCUGACCUCCCAGAAGUGGUCGAGAUGUACAUGAAAAAGGAACUUGAACUGGAGAAAUUUAUCACCCAUGAAGUACCUUUCUCUGAAAUCAACAAAGCCUUUGAAUAUAUGCUCAAAGGGGAGGGUCUGCGUUGCAUAAUCCGCAUGACUGCAUAGAAUUUAUUCAAACAACUACUUUGAGUGGUGGAAAACAAACAAAUAAAUUAUAAUUGAGCAUGUAUUUAGCUGUGGUUAUGGUAACGAAACAGUCUUCAUAAGUUUGCUUUAAAUUUCAUGGGGAAGUUUAAUACUUAUGUAAAUAUCAUGUUUAUACAGAAUAAACAAACUACCCAUGUAUUGCUGUAUUUUUGGACAAGUAUAUAGUUUAUACAUUACAGUUGAGUGGGAUUGAAGUUGAUAAUCAUAAGUUGGAACAGUGUAUUGAAAAUCUCUAGAAUCUUAAUAUUACCUAGUAUGAGUUUAUUACAGCUUUCUAUGCUAAGAACAGUGCAGGGUUGGAAAUUUAACUUUCAAUAAAGUGGAGUCACUAAGCAUAAAAGUUUUGUUACGUUUUACUUCUGUAAAAGGAACCCAAUAAUUGGAAGCUAAAUCUGCAGUGGCAAAAUCCACUAUGUAUUGCCAAAGCAGGAACAUUUCAGACCAUGCUUAUAUUGGUUUGAGAGUCUAAUUUCUUGUUGGUUUAUGACCCGUGACUCUGGGCUAUAAAAUGUUUGCUAGCAGAAAACGAUAACAUUAUGAGUAGCAUACUUUCAACCUUCCAAAUAAAGCCUUGAAUCUAUCAAGAGUAUAGUAAAUACAAGAAGAAAAAACCAACUCGUUUUGACAACUUAAGACUAUCCCCCAAAAAACUAUACUUAAAAGCAGAAAAUUAUUUCAUAGUAAAAGAGAUUCUUUCAUGAACAGGGCUUAUCACGUGACACUUGAUCAAACCGUGUACAUCUGUUUUGUUCAAUAUAUAAAAUAUUGUGACAAUUUCAAAUACCCUUACCCUUACAAACCAAAAGAUUAAAGUAAAGUAUUCAUGUAAUCAUGAAAACACAAGACAAAGCAGAUCUAAAUAAGAUCUUAAGAAGAAAGGAAUCAUAUAACUCUACUUCUUGAGUUUAUUGCCCCACUUUUCUAUAUACGAAUUGUCUUCUCUCUUUUCACCCCUCCCCCUCAGAAAAUCUCAAGAUACCAACACCCUCCCUUACUCUAUAAUGGCUUCUAAGAUCUUCUUCCUCUUGUUUCUCCUCUUUCUGCUAUACCCUCAUCAACAUGCUUGUGUGAAUGGAGAUGCCACUUUGAUCCAGAGAA